AUGUCGUCUUUCUACGUGCUCCCCGUCGACCUUAGCGCGCCUUCUGCCGCCGCUGCUACGGGCGUAGAUGCCACGAAGCUCUGGAAGUCCACUCCUUCUGCCUUCGAGUCUAAGCCUGCUAGCCUUGGAACGACACAUCUGUUCUACGGCGCGCCGAAGGAGGAGACUGUCACUGCGCUCACGUCGCUCGGCGACAAGUUUGCGCAGAAGAAGGGCGACGCGCGCCGCGAGGCCGUGCGCAAGGCCGUGGCAAGUGGUGUCAAGAAGGUGCGCGACCUCGGCGAGGGUGUGCAAGGGAGCAAAGUCGUGAUCGAUGCGUCCGCGGACCCUCAUGCUGCUGCGGUCGCUGCCCAUCUCGCGGCGUACAACUUUACUCUGAAGACGAAACCUACCUCUCCCUUCGAUCCUCGUCUGUCGGAGCCUCUGCCUGAGAAGCUCAAGCUUUCACCGCUCUCUCCGGAGAAAGCUUGGGAGACCGGCGUCAUCUACGCCAAAGCACAGAACCUUUCCCGGACACUCAUGGAGCUCCCGGCCAAUAUCAUGACCCCCACGGCAUUCACCGAGCGCAUCAAGGCCGAGUUCGCUGGGGUCCCGAAUACUGAAAUUAUCGUUCGUGAUACUGCGUGGGCCGCGGAGAAGGGCAUGAACACUUUCCUUUCAGUCACUAAGGGCACCUCAGAGCCGGCUAAGUUCCUCGAGAUCCAUUACAAGGGUGCAGCUGCCGAUGCCACGCCGCUCGUUUUCGUCGGCAAGGGCAUCACGUUUGACUCGGGAGGUAUCUCUAUCAAGCCUUCGUCCGGCAUGUCCCUCAUGCGUGGAGAUAUGGGCGGUGCUGCUACCGUGUGUGCGUCCGCGCUGGCGAUCGCACAACUCCAAGUCCCUAUCAACCUCAUCGUGCUUACCCCGCUCACGGAGAACAUGCCGGGCCCCGCUGCGAACAAGCCUGGAGACAUUGUGUAUGCGAUGAACGGCAAGUCCGUUGAGAUUGACAACACCGACGCCGAGGGUCGGCUAGUACUUUCCGACGCGAUAUACUACGGAUCGACUGAGUUUAAGCCGAAGACGCUCAUCGAUGUCGCGACGCUCACUGGUUCCAUGGAUUAUGGUGUCGGCGAGGUUUACUCCGGUGUCUUCACCAACUCGGACUCGCUCUGGGACGAGCUGCACGCCGCAGGCUUGCGCGAACACGACCGCUUCUGGCGGAUGCCACUCGACGAAGAGUACGGCCCGCAGAUCUACGGGCACAAUGCAGACCUCGUCAACACUGGUGGCUCGCGGGCAGGAUGCUGUACUGCUGCGUUGUUCCUCAAGUCGUUCGUCGAGGGCGUCGAGCCUGCGGACGGGGCGGAGGAGCCAACUAUUCGAUGGGCGCAUCUGGACAUUGCAGGGUCGAUGGAGGCAUCUCGGAGUACGGCGUACCAAGAGAAGGGCAUGACUGGCCGACCAACGCGCGCUCUGAUCGAGUUUGCGCGCCGGUUGUCACAGCAGCAAUGA